GCUGCGGGCGGCGGCGCGGCAGCCCCUGAGCUCCCCGAAGCCGCGGAAACAAAGGGAGCGAGCAGCGGCAGCACCGGGCCGGGGUGGAUGCAAGCAACCAUGAAAGGCUGGGUCUCCGCCUCCUCCGCUGCUGCCAGAGAGCUGCCGGCUGCCGCUGCUCGGAGGACUACCCUGUGAAGGGGGCGGAGGAGAGGCUGGCUGGGUUCGCCGUGCAAAGGUAGAAGGUGUAAGGGAGAGGCGGAAAGAAAAUGUCUUCUUCGGUGGGGCCCCGCGGCCCUCGCCCGCCCACGGUGCCUCCCCCGAUGCAGGAGCUGCCCGACCUGAGCCACCUGACAGAGGAGGAGAGGAACAUCAUCAUGGCAGUGAUGGACCGGCAGAAAGAGGAGGAAGAAAAAGAAGAGGCCAUGCUCAAGAGGUUGCAUCAACAAUUUGAAAGCUAUAAAGAGCAAGUAAGAAAGAUAGGGGAAGAAGCCCGCCGUUACCAGGGAGAGCACAAGGAUGAUGCUCCAACAUGUGGAAUCUGUCAUAAAACAAAGUUUGCAGAUGGUUGUGGCCAUUUAUGCUCAUAUUGCCGGACCAAGUUCUGUGCUCGAUGUGGAGGUCGUGUCUCUCUGCGAUCAAACAAUGAGGACAAAGUGGUUAGAAUCCAUGCUUUUUAUAAUUUAUUGUUAUAAUGUUGUUAGUUAAC